UGGCUGAAACACCGGGCUGCGUCUUAAAUGUUUUGUACUAGAUAGUGCGCGACGUACAGCGUUGAAGCUUGUAUGCCACGCUCUAAGAAGUGCAUAAUCAUAGGACUUACGCUGUGAUUUGGAACACAGCCACUCAUUUACCUGACGCUUUACCUGGAGUAAGUUUGAAGCGAGUGUUUAGAGACCCAGAAACAAUGAGUAUUUCGGUGUUUUCGGUUUUGAGGCGGUUUUUGGAAGAAUACUCGAGCGGAACGCCGAGUAAAAUCAAAGUAAUAGAUGCGUAUUUGCUCUACAUGGUACUGACAGGAGCAUUUGCGUUCCUGUAUUGCUUGCUGGUGGGUACCUUCCCGUUUAACAGCUUUCUGUCAGGCUUCAUUUCCUGUGUCGCGUCGUUUACUCUUGCAGUGUGUCUGCGCAUCCAGGUCAAUCCUCGGAAUAAAUAUCAUUUCGUGACUGUUUCCCCGGAAAGGGCUUUUGCUGACUUCCUGUUUGCACACACCAUCCUCCAUCUCGUGGUUGUCAAUUAUAUUGGCUGAAUAAAACCCACCUUCUCACCUGUUGCUAAAUAUUGCAGGUGUGGAGAUGAAAUAUGGAGGCCUCACUGACCAACAGCUGCCUUUGAUCACAGAUCAUGGCAUGAAAAUGCACAUUUUGAUAUUUAAUGUUUUUACUGUUUUGUGCUUGUAUGUCUCAGGUAUAAAGUUUUCUACCUUUUUGAAACCUGUUACAGUGAUGAGAUGAGGAAUAAAGAAAUUAU